CCACUAGACCAAUAGUCCUGUGUGGAUACAUACAUACAUAAAUCAUGCAAGAGCAAGACAACCUGAACAUGUUCCUCUGCAUGCAUGGCACGAAUCAAUGAGCAGUCAGAAGCUACACGGCCGUAUUAAUAGUGAUAGAUAAGCAUAACAAAAGGUUCUCUCCUUGCGUCCAUCUGAAGACUGGUUGGUUCAUCUUCAUCGGCCAGCCGCCGAACAUCUGCUCCUAGCUAGCAUAAAGAAGCGUUAUUCUCUUUCUCAAGCAGCAAGCAGCUACACGCUUGCUACAUAUAUAGGCACCGGACUCGGAGAGCGAGAGAGAGGCCGCGCGUGCACCUCGUCCUCGGUCGUCGCCAUGGGGAGGUCCUCUUCCACGGAGAAGCUGGUGUGCUUCGUCCUGGCGGUCCUGGCGGUGCUGUCCCCGCUGUACAUCGACCGGCGGCCCGUGGCGGAGCGAGAGGAGGAGGACGAGGACGACGGCGGCGGCCCGUCGGCGCUGUGGCUGCCGGCGGUGCUCCUCGCGCUCAUCCUCGCCAUCAACGUUACGUGCUUCAUGGACCGGCGCGUGGUCAGGUUCGACCCUUACUGGAUCCACCGCGUGUGGGGGUCCUCCGGCGGCCUCCUCGCCAUGCUGCUGCUCCUCGGCUUCGUGCUCAGGUGCAAGGCGUCCCUGCUGUAUACCAGCUACUAGGUGGUAGCUCGGUCGGUCGUCGUCAUGGGUCUUUUUUUCCUUCCACCCCCCACCCCCCGCCCGCGGACCGGAGAGGAUGCGUGCGAGUGCGACAGGAUCACAACGUGUUUUGCCACACAAAUUUGUACGUACCAGCGAGCAGCGACCUUGGAUCCUCAGCAAGUCUUGUUCAGGUUCAGGCUCCGCGAAUGUGAAUUUGUUUCAGACAUUGACUUCCGAAUUAUGCCUCUGCUUCAGUGCCAACUCUCCCCUUGUUAGUAGUCCGCAAUUCGAGCUGUUUCAUCUUUACCUUUGCUACUAUAUAUUGCUCACUUUAUGUAGUAAUAUAUGCUAUAAUA